UUUAGGGAUGCCCCUAUUAUACCAUGUUUGUAAUGUGAUUUUUUUUCGGCAAUUUUCGGAAGACUCGCAUUGUUAGUGUCAGUUAUUUGUGGCCAGAGAGAUCUUUGAACUAAAUAAACCAUCAAGAUUUACUUUUAAUUAUGUCAGUGCCGAAUCAAACUGCCAUUUCAGUGGAGGAGAAAAGUUCAGCUUCAGUUUUCUUGUGGAAGGCUGCUGUCAGUACAAUUGACUUCCAUCCUGCUAUUACAGCAAACCUCUUGUUGAGAUGCAAGCGAGCUCUUAAUGACACAAAAGUUGGUGUAAAAUUUAGAAAAAUAAGUAAAUCCAACAUUUGUCAAAGUUGUGGUAGCCCAUGGAGUUUAGGCAACUAUAAAUUAGAAAUCAGAAAGACCUUCAAAACACAAAACAUAAAAAAAUUUUUGAAGAAAUCAAAAACCCAGAAAAAAAUUAACAAUUUUAACAAACACAUUCUUGAACGUUUUUCUGAACGCAAGUCUAAUUUGAUUAUCAGAUGUCAUGUCUGCUUCAAGUCUACAGCUUUUCCAACACCUCUUCCUCCAAGAGAACCAAAACCAGUCAAAGAGAUGCCAUCUCAAAAAAUAACUACGAAAAACAAAAAUGGUAAAAAAGAUAAGGCUACUGUACAACACAUUAACCCUGGUAAAAAACAGGUCAAACAGCAAGUAAGUAGAAACAGUGUGAAAGCCUGUAAAGCUAAAGUCAUGAAAGCAUCAACAAAACAACAACUUUCUCGGAGCCAAUUUAAGAACCUAUCAAAGACCCUCACCAAAGGUUCUUCUGCAAAAAGCUCUUUGCUAAGUUUUCUCAGUUCUGUAAAGUAGAACCAAUAUAAAAAAAUGUCAAUCACUA